AUGAGUCAUAACACAUGCGAGUGGCGGAAGAUUGUAUUGUUUAGCGCGAUUGAUGAGCAUCAGAAUGAGUUCGUCGCAGCGCUCAAGGAGGCCGUGGCCAUCCCAUCGGUUUCCAGCGAACCGGAUCGCCGUCCCGAUUGUGUGCGAAUGGUCACGUGGACCAAGAAGAAAUUGGAAGAAAUCGGAGCAUCCGUUCAAGUUAUCGAAGCUGGCAAGCAGAAACUACACAGCGGUGCCGUCAUCGAUCUGCCUCCAAUUCUAUUUGGGACACUAGGUACCGAUGAGAAGAAAAAGACCGUUCUUGUGUACGGUCACCUAGAUGUACAGCCAGCUGACAAAAUGACUGAUCCGUUCGAGCUGGUAGAGAAAGAUGGCAAGUUGUUCGGUCGAGGGUCCACUGAUGAUAAGGGGCCAGUUAUCGCUUGGAUCCAUGCCAUCAGUGUUUUGAAGAAGAAGGGGGUCGAUAUUCCCGUUAAUCUGAAGUUUGUGUUCGAAUGCAUGGAAGAGUCUGGUUCUGAGGGUCUUGAGGAAGCCCUCCGUAAACAUAAGGACGAUUUUCUUAAAAACGUCGAUAUGACUUGCAUUUCGGACAACUACUGGCUUGGAAAGAAAAAGCCUUGCCUCACAUAUGGUCUGAGGGGCCUCUGUUACUACUUUGUAGAAGUGAGCUGUGCUAAGCAGGAUCUUCAUUCGGGAUCAUACGGUGGAACUGUUCCGGAGGCAAUGAACGAUCUUGUUUGGAUUUUGUCGCAGCUCACCGAUUUAGACGGCACUAUUCGUGUUCCCCACAUCUAUGAUUUGGUUGAACCACUGACUGAUGACGAAAAGAAAAUCUAUGAAGGGAUUGAAUUCGACCAUGAAGAGUAUAAGAAAGACAUUGCUGCCCAUGGUCUCUUAAAGAGCACGAAGGAAGAACUGCUGAUGAGUCGCUGGCGUUACCCUUCUCUUUCCAUUCAUGGUAUUGAAGGCGCAUUUAGCCAGCCCGGUGCAAAGACGGUUAUCCCGAAUAAAGUGAUUGGUAAAUUCUCAAUCCGAAUUGUCCCUAAUAUGACACCGAAGUCAGUCCAUAAACUUGUCAUCGCAUAUUUGAAUGAUCUGUGGGCGAAGCGUGGUUCACCUAAUCACUACAACGCAGUGGCGCACCAUGGUGGAAUGCCAUGGGUCACUGAUGUCAAGCAUCUGAAUUUUCGUGCUGGUGCACGCGCCAUGAAAAGGGUUUUCGGCGUUGAACCCGACUAUACUCGCGAAGGAGGAACUAUUCCAAUCUGUAUUACAUUCCAAGAGCUCACGGGUAAUAAUGUCAUGCUGCUCCCUAUUGGGGCUUGCGACGACAUGGCACAUUCACAGAAUGAGAAGCUUGACCGUUCCAACUUCAUCCAGGGAACGAAGACUCUUGCUGCCUAUCUGCUCGAACUUGCUGAGUGA